AGCCGCGCCUUAAGCUCUGUGACGCGCCGCAGUAGCGCUGCUGCGCUGUCGACGCCGCUGUAUCGUGCCGGCUCUGGAAGCUCUGCCAGCUGGAUCGUGCGUAUUUGUGAACUGCUGUCUCCAGUCUGCUCGUUCCUGUAUAGCUUCGUUAUUGAUACCUGCCCCCAAAUAAAGCCUGGAGUCUCGGAUCCUCUAAGACUGUCGCUGGAUCUCAGAUCACAAAUCUGCAUUCUAAUUUGAACUGUGGGAAGAAAGGAUAGUUGGUGGGUGGCACCCUUCCCGGAAAGGCACGAUGUUUUCCAGACUAGCUCAUCUGCAGACCGUUGCUGUGCUUCGUCGUGGAAUUCACUCUUCAGUGGCUUCUGCUACGUCUGUUGCGACCAAAAAGACAAUCCAAGGCCCUCCAUCUUCUGAUUACAUUUUUGAGCGAGAAUCUAAAUAUGGUGCACACAAUUAUCAUCCUUUACCUGUAGCCCUGGAGAGGGGAAAAGGUAUUCACGUAUGGGAUGUAGAAGGCAGGAAAUAUUUUGACUUCCUGAGUGCUUACAGCGCUGUCAACCAAGGACAUUGCCAUCCCAAGAUUGUGAGUGCCCUGAAAAGUCAAGCAGACAAACUGACCUUAACGUCUAGGGCUUUCUAUAAUAACGUGCUCGGAGAGUACGAAGAGUAUGUGACGAAACUUUUCAAUUACCACAAGGUGCUUCCUAUGAAUACAGGAGUGGAGGCUGGGGAGACCGCCUGCAAACUUGCCCGUAGGUGGGGCUACACCGUUAAGGGCAUUCCAAAAUACCAGGCGAAGGUGGUUUUUGCAGCUGGGAACUUUUGGGGUAGGACACUGUCUGCUAUCUCCAGUUCCACGGACCCGACCAGUUACGAAGGUUUUGGACCGUUUAUGCCAGGGUUUGAAAUCAUUCCGUAUAAUGACCUGCCCGCCCUUGAGCGCGCUCUUCAGGACGCCAACGUCGCCGCGUUCAUGGUGGAACCAAUUCAGGGCGAGGCGGGCGUGGUCGUCCCCGACCCCGGCUACAUGAUGGGUGUGCGGGAGCUCUGCACCCAGCACCAGGUGCUGUUUAUUGCUGAUGAAAUACAGACAGGAUUGGCCAGAACUGGUAGGUGGCUGGCUGUCGAUCAUGACGGCGUCAGACCUGAUAUAGUCCUUCUUGGAAAGGCGCUUUCCGGCGGCUUAUACCCUGUGUCGGCAGUGUUGUGUGACGACGAGGUCAUGCUGACCAUUAAACCAGGAGAGCACGGGUCCACCUACGGGGGCAAUCCGCUGGGCUGCCGCGUGGCCAUCGCGGCCCUGGAGGUUUUGGAAGAGGAAAACCUUGCUGAAAAUGCAGAAAAAAUGGGUAUCCUCCUGAGGAACGAGCUCAUGAAGUUGCCGUCGGACAUUGUAACCGCUGUCAGGGGCAAAGGAUUAUUAAAUGCUAUUGUCAUUCGAGAAACCAAAGAUUACGAUGCGUGGAAGGUGUGCCUGCGGCUCCGAGAUAACGGGCUUCUGGCCAAGCCUACCCACGGCGACAUCAUCAGGUUUGCACCCCCGCUUGUGAUCAAGGAGGAUGAAAUUCAGGAGUCCGUGGAAAUCAUCACCAAGACCAUCCUGUCUUUCUGAGGGUGUGAUGGUCCCGUGCCGCCCGGGGCCACUGGAGAGGGCCGUCCCACACGUCCUGUCCGGUCCGCGCUUCCCGAGGGCACGCUCCACUCCCCGGGGGCUUUGAGGACUUUUCUCUUCGUACGCUUGUUUUUCCAGUCCAUGCAUAACAGAACGACGUUCAUAAACACGAGGUCUGUCAUGUAACAGGACUAAGAACGUACUGGCAUCUAGAUGCGAGUAAGUUAGUGUGCGCGUGUGCCUGCGGAGGUGAAACACAUCUAUAUAGAGGGCCUCUUAAUCAAGCCCUUCAGUAUAAUUUAUAUGUUUUUAUAGUUUCCUUGCCGAUACAAAUGUUUUAUAUUUGAAAAAGCUAUACGGGGUAUUACAUGGAAGACUUGCUUAACCUUAAAAAGUUAAAUCUCAAUCCUUGAGUUCUGGGAAGGUUUAAUGGUUAAGCUUAUAUAAAAUACUGGAUUCAAGAAAACUUCAUAUUGGCCAACACCAAGAUGUACCCUGUGAACGUCACUUUUAACUAAGAAUUAAUAAUGUUUAACAUUCCCAAAUUAUGUUUUAAGUGAUACAAUUUUAUUUUCAGCUCUUCUUCAGUAGAUUUACAGCACAGCUUGUAUCUAAAGCGUGUGGCGUGGGACGGGGGCGUGUUGCCCAGGCCUGUCCCUCACGCCCCGAAGCAGUAAGCGCCUCCGGAGCACUCCCCCUCGCUGCGUUUCCUGUGUUUUCUAAGAGCAUUUCAGCUUCCUGGGUGAUAUCUAGAAACGUUUAGAAAUUAUUAAAAGAAAGUCUUUUGUUAUAUUCCUUUUUCUUCUUUCAAAAUAAUUGUGUUUCCUGUGCUGAUGUGCUGGUAUUCACCAUUUUUAUUAAAGGAUCCUUAUGAAGCAUGCA